CGUCCUCAAGAAACCCGAAGUAAAAACCAGCAGUGAUCUGAAUACAGCUAUGAAGCUCGAAAGAAUUCUCUCAGUUCCCAUAUUUUCAGUUGUUUUCAUGGUGGGGUUUGUUUAUUAUGUCACAGUUUUCAUCUUUAUUGAAGAUUGUUCAGGUUUAAGUACCUCAGAAGGCUCGCGGCAUGCUAUGGUUUUCACCUUAUUGGCUUUCCUAUUCGUUUUCUCUUUCUUUGUCUGUGUCCUCACAGACCCUGGUGGUGUCCCUCCUGGAUUUGUUCCUGAUGUUGAGCAUAGUCUUCCCUCAGAUCAAGAAGAUAAGACUUCUCAUGUAAACCCGAGGCAAUGUGAUAAGUGUUCAGCAUAUAAACCUCCCAGGGCUCAUCAUUGUCGUGUUUGUCGAAGGUGUGUUCUGAGAAUGGACCAUCAUUGUGUCUGGAUAAAUAAUUGUGUUGGUCAUAGAAACUACAAGGCUUUUGUUGUAUCAGUGUUCUAUGCAACUAUUGCUACUACCUACUCUUGGAUACUGUUUCUAAAUUGCGUGCUUCAGAAGGACCAGGAUUUCAGUGGAAGGAUGCCACUUAAGAUCUUUUAUAUUGCAUGUGGGGUAAUGUUUUUGGGCUUGACUUCGACGUUGGGAACUCUCUUGGCUUGGCAUAUCUAUCUCAUAUCUCAUAAUAAGACGACUAUAGAGUAUUAUGAUGGAAAAAGAGCAGCUUGGUUGGCCAAAAAAUCUGGUUUACGUCCUCAUCAUCCUUUUGAUGUUGGUGCUUUCAAAAAUUUUACCCUGGUAUUAGGUCCAAACAUGUUAAAAUGGCUAUGGCCGACAGCAGUUAGCCAUAUCAAAGAUGGAUUGAGCUUUCCUACUGCACGUGAUAACUUGUGACUGGUUCUGCUUCUACAAUUAGUGUGAGCCAGCACUGCAUCUUCUCUCUUUUGUUUGCCCAGAGCCGCUGCAAAUUCAUUUUUUUUUCCUCCAAUACUCGGGAGUAAAACAUACAAUGAGGAAACUUACCAGCAGCAUGUGGAGCAAACUCGGGAAUAGUUGGCGCUGCAGCAGAACGAGUGAUAAACGGAGCCGCUAAACAAAGUCAGAUGACAUUUUGGUACUCAUUUUUGCUGUUGUUCCAUGAAGCUAAGUGCCCAACUCAGAUGCAAAAAUGGAAGUUAAUCCAUUCAGUGCUUUUUACGAGCAACAUAACAAAAAAUUAUCCAUAUAACUUCCUCUCUUUGUCGCUCAUCUAUCUACCCCUCAAUAGAGAUUCAACAGAGUUCAUUUUUGUUGUUGAGGGGAUUCUGUGCAUAAAUUGCAGUUCUAUUGAUUUGUAGGGUCAUCAACAGCCGUUACAAUCAAUUGUGAAAUUAUGGACCCCCCAACCAAGCCAGUUUCCAAGAACUGUAAAAUAUGCUUUAUCAAUCAAACAUGCAAUCGCUCUGAUUUUCCACAUUGUCAUCUA